AUGAGUGGUUCGCGAGUGGGCGGAUUGUUGCGCGCUUGCGGGUUCACGGGGUUACCACCAGAUGUCGCGUCUGCGUGUAAGGAGGAGUCCUUACUCUAUGCCGCCUCGGCUUCUGGCAUUCUCCUUUGGAACGUUUCAUUCACUGCUGCCACGUAUAUCUUGCCCGUCGACCUGCAAGCAUAUUUAACAAAAAACGCUUUGAUUUUGGCUGGCUUUCAUGGAUCGCUGGGCGAUGAAGUCAAGCGGAAAAAAUAUUCGGAUUUGCAUGAAGAACUGUGUGAUAACUUGACGCAAGUCUUUUGGAAUAAGGAGACCGGAAUGUGGGGCGAUUACGACGGUUUCAGUGGUAAGCGUCGUCCGUAUUUCUACAUAUCGAACGUUGUGCCUUUAUGGGCAGGAUGCACUGCUCCAGGAAAGUCCUUGGAUGCCACGGGGAAAAUGGUAGUGGAUUAUCUAGAUAGCUUGGGUAUGUUGAAGUACCCGGGAGGAUUGCCGGUGUCGAAUGAGACUACUGGGGAACAGUGGGAUUUUCCGAACGCCUGGACUCCCAUGAGCCACUUGGUCUUCGAAGCUCUCCUGGGGUCAGGGUCGGUAGAAGCUGAGGAAGUUGCGAUUCAGAUCGCGGAGAAAACGGUGCUCUCCGGUUAUGAAGGCUUCAUGAAACACGGAGCAAUGUAUGAAAAGUACGACGCGACCGCAGUGGGACAGCCUGGUGGUGGUGGAGAAUACGUGGUUCAGAAGGGGUUCGGUUGGACCAAUGGAGCUAUACUGGACAUGAUUUUGCGUACGAACGGAUCUUUGCGCUUGAGUCCAAUCACGAAUGCUUUGGAGCAGAAGAUGCAGCCUUCGAUCUACAAUGAAAGUCCAUCUACUUUGUCGCCUCCGCACGUCAUCAAGUCGGAUUUCACCAGCAAUAUUGCUGUUUUAGCCUUGGUUGCUUUCAUCGUCAGCUUCUCUUCUUGGCUUCUGCGCUCGGUGUUGAAGAAACGAAGUGAUGUUGAGCUUGGCGAAGACUUCUCUUGGGUUGCAAAUCGAAAACCGGUUCUUGUCAGUCGGGAGUUAGUUGCAUGCCUCUUUCAGACUCUGAUCCGUCGGUCUUGUUGAUCUAUUUAUCUAAGAAUGAUUCGCUC